GGCCCCGGUAACCCUAUCCCGGGCAGGGUAAACUGUUCCCUCGAUAUUCUCUUCAUAAGGGUCUUCUGAAUCGCUCUUUGUCUGGUCCCUCACCCAGGACCGUUGAUGCCAAUAGAUGCUAAUCUAUGAAGAAGGAUGCGAUGGGAGAUAGUGUCAAAAGCUGCUCUAAGGUCAAGGAGAAUGAGGAUGAUGAUGAGUCCAGAGUCAGCUGCAAGCAGAAGAUUAUUAAUGAUUUUUACUGGAGCUGUUUCUGUACUGUGAAAUGAACGGAAGCCAGACUGAAACUGUACAAGUUAUUUCCAGUGAGGUGUUUGUGAACCUGUGCAGCCACCAUCUUUUCAAGAAUUUUGGCUAAGAAAGGCAGAUUUGAAAUUGGCCUGAAAUUAUUUAGAUUGGAAGGAUCUGAACCAUUCUUUUUCAGUAUUGGAGUUAUUGUUGCAGUUUUAAGAGAAGAAGGAACAGAACCAGAUAUAAGAGAGGAGUGUACGAUAUUAGCAAUCAGUGGGCCAAGGGAGGGAAGUGAGAGUUUAACAAGAUUAGCUGACAGUGGAUCAAGUUUACAUGAUGAUGACUUUAACUUAGUAAUUAUGGAAGAUAGCUGAAUUAUUGUGGGAAGUUCAAAUUUGGAUAGAGAGAAUGACAGUUGAGUAGGACAAAAAAUGCAGAUAGAACAAUUGACCAUAUCACAGGACGAGGGCAGUUGUUGAUGAAGAUUCUCAAUCUUCAUCAACAAUUAAUUCCUUCAUUCCUUCCUUCAGUCCUGUGUGUGUCUGCUGACCUUUUCUUGUGUCAAAGUUCAUUUGUUUCUGUUAGAAAAAUAAAGGCUUGAUUCUUAUUCAUUCUGUCACCAAAUUAAAAUGAUCUCCUGUAAUCUGCAAGCUCAUUUGUUGUGAAACAAAAGCAUUCCAGCUCUACAAGCUGCUUACAGAUCUGGACUGGAGUCAGUUUGGAGAUUUUCUCUGAGCACAGAAGCUGAGAGGGCAGUGAAGCGAAGCACUUCAGAUUAAACUGCAGAUAAUGUCAUGGAAGUUUGAAUAAAACAACAUACUGUUUAUGUUUUCUGACCCUUGUGUAAAAGCUGCAUCCACAUGAAGCUGAUAAGAUAGAUAAACAUAAAGUUACAGAUAAAACUGAAACACAUCAGACUUGUGUUUCAGAACUCGCUGUGACCCCUCGUAUUUUUAAAAGGUUGCUAUUCGCCCUUUUUUAAAAACCACAACCCUGACUUGUCCCUCCCUCAGCACUAAAAUUUCCUUUUACCUCCAAAAUUUUAGAAAAAGUGUCGGCCAACCAGCUUCUAGUGUUUCUACCUGCUCAUUACAUUUUAAGUAAGUUUCAGUCUGGUUCCUUUCAGUUACUCUACUCAAACAGCCCUGCUCAGAGUUUCUGAUCAUAUUUUAAUGCACAGAUAUGCAGGUGAAUAUUCGGUUCUUGUUCUGUUGGGUCUUUCUGCUGUCUUUAAGUAAUGAUGGUACUCUGAUUGAGAGGCUUUGAAUGUGGGUAAGCAUCUCUGAGUCAGCUCUCAGCUGCUUCUGCUAAUGUUGUGUCCUCUCCAGUCACUUUAUCUUGUGGUGUUCCCCAAGGUUCGAUCCUCAGGCCUGUCUUGUUUGCUUUGUACAUGCUUCCAUUUGGACACAUUCUGAAUUACUUCGAAGACCUCUCAUACCAUUGUUAUCCAGCUCUACAUGAAAUUCAAACCCCAGAAUGAUGUGAGACUGUCUGUCCUUCAGGACUGACUUCAUGUCAUAAGAACUGGUCAGUAGUUCUGUCUCAUCUGUCUGUAAUCACACAAAAACCUGAAGUUCGUAUCUGUGUCCCUGAUAACUUUGUUCUGAUGGUAACUGAGAGUUGUGAGGACUCUGGGCGUUACUUUUGAUCGGUUUUGAUGAGCAUCUUGGUGGUCUCGUACAAACCUUGCCAGUCUUAUAUAUUUUGUCUCAGUGUGAAAUAGAAAUGACCAUUCAUCCUCUUAUUUCAUGACCCCACAUUUACGUAUGUCUUGACCCUUUUAAGGGGCCCAGACUGAAACCUGCUGACUGUAAAUAAAGUACUUAAAUUUCCUUGGAAAUAUGGCUGAAGUUUCACAGUAAUGUUGACACUUGAUCUUGAUUUGCAUUACAUACUCUCUACCCUUGGUAUGUUGUUCUUUUUUGUAAUUAGGGGUCAGAUGUGAAAAUGAAACCCUUCUUGUCUCAUUGAUCUCAGUUUUAUUAUGAGAAUAAAAUUAUUCCGUAUGAUCCCUGCUGUUUAUUCAUCUUUGUCUAUCUUUUAUUUUCCCUUUUAAAUAAUUUUUUGCAGCAUUCAUUCAUUUUAAUUGGAUGCCUACAUGAUCCUUCAUCCUAUUGGCUCUCUGCUCUCAUUGGUGACCAAUCACAGGCUGUCAUUCUUCAUGGAUUCUCCAUAGUUCCUCUCAGCUGCCUCUGGCUGCAGCAGCUUUUCAAAGCUUUGCUUCAGCUUACUGUCUGACUGUUUGAAUCUUUGACUUCACGAUGGCACCGCUGUCCAUUCAGUCCGGAGUGAAAUACGCCAAAACGCUGCUGCCAAAGACUCUGAUGAGGUCCAUGUCCACAGUCCAGACCACCAUCUCUCGACACAUGCUGCCCCUAAAUCGGCCUCGCUGUUUCAGAGUGUGCACAUACAGACGGAUGCGGCGGCGAAGUUUGACUGCGUCUUCUCUAGACGAGCUCCUGGAGCAGGCAGCGAGGGUGUUCAUGAUGUCCUACCAGUUCCUGACUCUGGUCCUGGAGGAGGACGGGACUGUGGUGGACUCAGAGGAGUUCUUCCAGUCACUGCCCAAUAGCACACCGCUGAUGGUGCUGGAGAAGGGGGAGAUGUGGACAGAGAGCAAGAUUAUUCCAUGCUUCCGUCAGCCAAAGAAGAGUGGGAUUGCCAAAGUAACCUUUGACCUCUACAAACUGCAGCCUAAAGACUUCCUGUGCUGCCUCGCCAUCAGGGCGACGCUGUAUGAGACGUACACACUCUCAUACGACUUCAGAUUCACCAGGAUCAAACACAUCCUCAAGUAAGCCUGAUAACAGUAACAGUCUCAGCAGCACUGUGCAAAGUCUGACUGUUUUUGUCUUUUCUAGUUAUAUGUAGUUUAUAUUUUCAGUUCCCAAUCUGAAUUUUUCAAAGGUUUUAAAUUCAUAGCUGGCUAAGUUAACUUCUU